AUGAUUGCCAUUACGACCACGGCAACACCGUCGGUGAUGCACAAUACUACCAUCACGAAAAGGCCGAAGCUAUCUUUACAAACGGCCGCUCUUCCUGCGACAUUCGGAAACUCGAAUACAGGACUCGUCGCUCGCUCAUGUGUCACCGCUUCGCCCACCGUUCGCAAUACAUUCAGCAACGCCUAUGAUAUAAGGCAAACGUUAUCUGCUAUUGACUCACCUUCGCCGGGCAGAUCUGCUGGUGGGAGCGCUCGACAUGGAUCUCCUUUUCCCUUUAGCAGCUAUCGACCCGAUGCGAUGGCUUAUCAGCAACCCCUCGGCGUACGGAGUAUCCUCCGCAAUUCGCCUCUCAAGAAGAUGACGUUACGUCGGUCGGUUUCCAUAUCCGCCGGUGCCAUGGCAGAAAAUCGCCGCGUGUACUUCCCUGCCAAUAAACAAGUCAGCUUUCGGCAUCAGUUAGAGGAGGAGAUCAAAACCGUUCGAUUCGUGACCCGACAUUCGGAUAUUGAUUCGGAGAGCGAGCAAGAACCGGUGUCCGAUGGUGACGAAGCCAGUAGCUCUGAGUCCUCUGACUCUGGCGAUUCACAGUCAGACCACAGCUCAUCAGGAGAGGACGAUGGCAAUGCACAAGAUCGGCCAAUGCGAAGAAAGAAAAGAAAAUCCGCUCCCAGUGAGCGACAAAUCCGAGCAGCUGCGCUUAGGGAUGGUCUCGAUAAUGAUCGCAUUGCUGCCGCUCUUUCAGCAGUGCCUGAUUCAACCAGUCAAAAACGUAGAUGCAAAUGGCGCUGGACGCUAGGGAAUUCACCUUUGACCGAGUCAGACUCGAAGCCGGACACCAUCCCUUCUACACAAUCGCCAUCCGCACCACCAAUCGGCAACGAUACGGUCGUUUCAUGA